UCGGGGUUUUUGAAUGUUGACAUCAGUGAAACUUUUCUGUGUUAAAGCGUGCACAGCCGAGGACGCCGAAAAAGUUGACAUAAUUUGAAGAUCUCAUAUUCGCGAUAGUUUUGUUUUUUCAGUAACAGCCAGUCAGGGUUGUCUUUUUGCGGGACGAAUAGUGGUGGACCAUUCUGUUAUUUUUGCAAGCGGCCGCUCGAUCACUUGAAAUGGCGACCUCAAUUUUCUCAACCAUUCCUUUGUUGUUUUGUGCGGUGAUCAUCAGUUCUUCGAUAGCAUUCCGUCUUGACAGACUAGCAUCUUUACGUCUACCUGUAAAAGAAUCCAUUGCGAUACCGCUACCGUCGCCAUCAUGCCCAGCUGGACAAGUCCAAGAACAGACGUCCUAUCUUCAUUACCCACAACAAACCUACAGCACCGCAUUCUGUAACUCGGUGGCCGCAGAUGCUCAAAACGAAUGCGGUUAUCACUGCAAGAAAGUGUGUAGAGAUAACCAUGGAGCGUCUGCUACUGUGGCCAGUGUUACCCUGAACGCGUGCGUUCCGAGUAGUUCUGUGCCAGGAUUUUCUUCCGGCAUUCUUGUGAAGAUGGAUGUUUGCUGUUCUCCACCACCGCCUCCAUCUUGCCCAAGCGGACAGGUGCCAGAACAGACUUCUUACCUUCAUUACCCACAACAAACCCACAGCAUAGCAUUCUGUAACUCGGUGGCCGCAGAUGCACAAAAUGAAUGUGGUUUUCACUGCAAGAAAGUGUGUAGAGAUAACCACGGAGCGUCUGCUACUGUGGCCAGUGUAACUUUGAAUGCUUGCGUCCCAGGAAACUCUGUGCCAGGAUUUUCUUCCGGAACUCUUGUGAAGAUGGAUGUUUGCUGUUCUCCACCACCACCGCCAUCUUGCCCAAGCGGACAGGUGCCAGAACAGACGCCUUACCUUCAUUACCCACAACAAACCCACAGCACGGCAUUCUGUAACUCGGUGGCCGCAGAUGCUCAAAACGAAUGUGGUUUUCACUGCAAGAAAGUGUGUAGAGAUAACCAUGGAGCGUCUGCUGCUGUGGCCAGUGUUACUUUGAACGCGUGCGUUCCGAGUAAUUCUGUUCCAGGAUUUCCUACCGGAACUCUUGUGAAGAUGGAUGUUUGCUGUUUGCCACCAACUUGCCCAGCUGGACAAGUCCAAGAACAGACGCCUUACCUUCAUUAUCCACAACAAACCCACAGCACGGCAUUCUGUAACUCGGUGGCCGCAGAUGCACAAAAUGAAUGUGGUUUUCACUGCAAGAAAGUGUGUAGAGAUAACCAUGGAGCGUCUGCUACUGUUGCCAGUGUUACUUUGAACGCGUGCGUUCCGAGUAAUUCUGUGCCAGGAUUUUCUACCGGAACUCUUGUGAAGAUGGACGUUUGUUGUAACCCUUAAACUAAAGUUCCCAACCCGAGUGUUGACAGUGUUCUCCUUUGUAUUUGGAAGAACAUCGUAGAAACUGCACGUUGAGAAUAUAUGCUUUUUCAAUCAGUUCAUUUACUGCAUAAUUAGUUCUUUAUGCAUCCAUGCUGUAACAUUGCAUAAAAUAUUGAAAAUUGUUGGUAAAACUCUUCAUUGAGGGUUUGAUUGUUAUGAGCGUACUUUGUGAAACCCCCUUUAAGGCUCUUUAUUUGCUUACAUCCAUAAUCAGAGUAUUUUUACAGCUUUUUUCAAAACUUUGAAGUGUCUAAACAUACCCGUAUACCCGUCGAUUUUGAGAAAUAUGACUACCAGAAACAUUACUAAUCUUUUUUUUAUGAAUAUAAUACGUUUAACUUAUUUACAGUCAUUUAAAUAUUCAAAUAUGUUAGAAAUUUGUUGCGAUUGAAACUGUAACUUGCAAAAUGUCUCAUAGUUUUAUUCGAUAGAAAUAUAUCUUAAGUGGUAUUCAGGACUCGCCAAGAGGAUUAUGCACGAUUGAGAGAAUUUCGCGGUCUUUUUCUACGUUCUGUUUUUACACAUCUCUUUGUAGAUAUUCUCCAUUUCACUAAACACUGACAUUUUAUUAUCCAUGUGUACGAAAUAAAUGGAAUUUUCUUUUGUUUGU